GAUUGUUUCUUAAUUUUUAUAACGAAAUAUUGUAAUGUGUAGAGGAUGCAAGUUUACAGCAGAGGAGGAAAGGUUGGUGGUAGAAUUGCAGGCACAGUUUGGGAACAAAUGGGCCAAAAUUGCAACGUAUUUGCAAGGGAGAACCGACAAUGAUGUGAAAAACUUCUGGAGCAGUAGGAGGAAAAGGUUGGAGAGGAUGUUGCAGAAGCCACCUACGUCAAAGCCGCACAAAAACAACGGAAAAACUCAUAUUAAUCAAGUGGAAGAAAUGGUUCCUCCUUGCAGUUCCAAUCAGGUGGAGGAAAUUCUAUCUUACUCUACUUCCUAUAUGGGAAACACUCAAGUGUUCGAGAUGAUCAACCUACCAGAUUUGAUAAAACCAAACUAUCAACAAUUGGAAAAUGAUUACCUGAGUGCAGUUGAGGUUGAGGCCACCCCACUUCACACAGUACCAUCGUUUGAGUCUUCAUUAGGGUACAACUUCCCUCUACUCCCUGAACCUGAUCCACUGAUGGACUGUCCACUGUUCCCAGAGUGCCAGGACCUUGUUCCUGAGCCCUUUGAUCCAAUUUUUGUUGACGGGUUCAAGGAGAAAAAAUGUUCAGAAUGUGUAUGCAGCAGCCAGAAGCUUGGGACCAGGUUGCCAACUUUUGGAUUGGAAGGAAAUUCUCAAAGUGCAAGUUCAAAUGGCUUUUUCAAGGACUUCCCGAGCGAGAUUUUUGAAUACUUUGAGCACAUUCCAACCUCGUCAGAUCAAUGAACUGUUUAUUUUUAAUUAGACUGUCAUGCCCAGUGAUAUCAUUUUGCUCCUAGUUUACAUGUACCAUCCAUCCAUUUGAUAUGUAGUCAAUACUAGAUUGUUGUAACUCGCGUUUCCAAUUUGCCAAUGUAUGAACUUAUAUCAGGUUACUUGAUUUGAUCAAGGAAAAACUCAAGCUGCACAAUAUCUAAUUAGUUGAGAAACUUA